AUGUGCUCCACAACUGCCCGGCCGGGGACAUUGAUUGAAUCGAACGCGCAUGAGAAUAUUGGUGAUGCCUUGAAAUGGAAAGAUGUGGCUCUUUUUAUGGUGAAACAUCCAGAGGAUCCCAAUCGCCGCGAACUUCUCAUGAGGGUCAGGCACCGGCUUAUGAAAAGAAGACGGAACAAAGGUACCCCACCCUAUUAUACGUAUACCGAGCGGAAUGACAGUCUUGGUCUUUGUGUCAUUCAAGACAUCCUAACCUACGCGUUCCUCGACGACGCUUUUGACAGUCCCUACCUUAAGACCCCUCGGGACAUUUGGAGACUUACGGAUAUUCCGGAGCAUCGUCUUAGUACUCCAAUUCAUUUCAAAAAGAGCAUUCGUGAGGUUUGUAUCAUGCGACGGACCAUGUAUGACGAGGCUCAUGGUGUCAUCAUGAAUCCGGUUCAGCCCUGGAAGUGCAAACAAGCGGAGAAAUUCGAAAAAGCUGCGAGCGCUCUAGCCGGAUUCAAAGACGAAGGGACAUUCUACAAAUACCGCAAGGGCGCCGCUGCAGAAGUCAGACAUCUAGAUGAAUAUUCACGGAACAUUGUCAUGGGCCAUGAGAACGGAAAAACGUUUGCCAAGUAUGUGAGUGUGAGAGAUGACGUCCAGUCUGCCUUUAUGGGGACACCAGCGAGGAAGGCUUUACUUGACCUGUCGUGCAAUGCAAGCCUUACCCGAGAUAUUUCUGCGCCAAACAGUCUGAACGAGGCUCAGAAAUUAGGCCUCGAAUUGGAUCCCGAUUUGACCAGAUUGAAGGAAGCUACUGCUCUUCUUCGUCGCGCCCUCAUCAAAGAUUUCGGGCAGUUAGAAAAAGCCAGGAAAUUUGGAGAGUCUCGAUACCGAGAAUUGAGAAGGCUUCAAGAAGCCAUCAGGACACACCGAAAACGACUGUUUAAUGCCGCGAAGAAGCGCAAUCGAGAUCAUUUCUUCGAUAAUAUCGGAAACCGCAUAAUUGAAGCCAAUCACCAAGGAAAUCCGAUCAAAUUCAAUCCCGACCUGUCCCAUAUACAACCCGAAAGAAAGUAUCUAGCCGAUCUCGAGUUUAAAAACAGGGAUACGGACAAUCUAGACCGCGCAACUUUGAUCGAAGAUCGCAUCCGAUCCCUAGAGCUCAGGCUGCAACUUGAAAAGCUCCACAUUCCCCAGGGCCUCCAUAGAAAGAUCGAUUUCAGUAAAAUGGAAAGGAAAAUUGCUGAUGUCAAGGAAGAAGACGCCAAACAAGCCAAUUCUACCGAAGGAUUCUCUGGUCCGGCAUUUCAAAAAACACCAGCUACAGACUUCUUUUGGUGA